CGGCGCGCUAUGGUCUGACAGCAGCGGGCAGCCCGAGACACGACCAUGACCUUAGCGGCGGGAGUGACAUGCGUGCAGCGGCCAUCGUGACCCACAAUGAUCCGCCGACCUCCGGAACCAUGUGGAGCCGGACCACGGGCCGCGUGGAUCUUGACUCUAACCACCCUGAUCAGCGCUCACUCCGCCCGAGGAUCCCCGCUGCUCCUGGAGCCGGAGGUUUUUCUGGAGAAAUAUGGCUACCUCCACCAAGACCACCACCUCCACAACGCCGUUGAGAUACGAUCCGCCAUCAGGGAAUUCCAGUGGCUGACUCGCCUCCCAGUGACAGGCCAACUGGACAGCGCCACCCUGAGGCAGAUGGCAGAGCCACGCUGUGGAGUGUCGGAUGAGGGCAGUCAGCAGAUCUGGUCCCAGAGGGUCAACGCCGUCCUCACCGGGAAGAAGCUCGCCGCUCGCCGACUCCGCCCCAAACGCUCCCUUGCUAAAGGCACUGAGAAGUGGUACAAGCGUCACCUGACCUACCAAAUAGUCAACUGGCCUCGCCUCCUGUCUCUGGGCUCGGUGCGUCUGGCCGUGAGUGUGGCCUUCCAGCUGUGGAGUAAUGUUUCGGGCCUGGUCUUCCAAGAGGUCCCUGAAGGACCAGCUGACAUCCGGCUGGCCUUUUAUGAGGGAGACCACAAUGACGGGGCUGGCAAUGCCUUUGACGGACCAGGUGGCACUCUGGCCCAUGCCUUCCUCCCUCGUCGUGGCGAGGCCCACUUCGACAUGGCGGAGAGGUGGACUCUCAACGGUCACAAAGGACACAAUCUCUUCAUGGUGACGGCCCAUGAGAUCGGACACACUCUGGGUCUGGAGCACUCGCCGGUCCGCCACGCGCUGAUGUCGCCGUACUACAGGAAACUGGGUCGCAGCCUGGUGCUGAGCUGGGACGACAUCCUCGCCGUGCAGCAGCUGUACGGCAAGCCGGCGGGUGAGCGGCCGGUGAGGUUGCCGGGUGAAGUCCUGAACGCGGCGCUGCAGGAGUGGGAGGUCAGAGAGACCCAGGACAGCCGUCAGACGGAGCAGCCGCUCUACUGCCUGGGAGUGUUUGACGCCAUCACUGUGGACCAGAACCAGACCGUGCUGGUGUUCAGGGGAAGCGUGUACUGGAUGGUCUCAGUAGAUGGCGCCGUCAGCGGCCCGCUGCGUCUCCAUCAGCGAUGGCCCGACCUUCCUCCGGCCGUCGAAGCGGCCGCCUUUUCGCCUCUAGACUCCAAGUGGUACUUCUUCAAAGGGAAGCGGAUGUGGCGCUACACGGAUGGCCUUCUGGACCCGGACUUCCCCAGGCACACUAGUCAGUCCGGGCUUCCUCGUCACCCGGACUGUGCCUUCUACUACGCCCCCCUGGGUCACCUGGUUCUCUUUAAGGGCUCCCGCUAUUUUGUCCUCAACCUGAAGACUCUGACCCGGGAGCCCUACUACCCGCGGAGACUGACGGAUUGGACCGGAGUCCCUCAGGGGACCAACGGGGCGCUGACCCAUCCGGACGGGCGACUCUACCUGUUCAGAGAACAGGAGUUUUGGAGGUUUGACCCGGUUAAGGUACGAGUGACCCGCCAGGGAAAGUGGGCCAAAGACCUCAGCUGGACUGGUUGUGCUGAGCCACCUCAGAGCAAUAACAUUCUUUGACCAGCAGAGGGGGCUGCAGCCCUUAAAUGUGCAAUGCCUCUUACAUUCCUGUUUCCUGUUGCGCAUUCCACUUGUGAGGUCCCUCUGUCUUAACACAAACUGAAGCACAGUUUGAAAGUCAAACGUGGUCUUGAUGUGCAGUUAUGGCUGUUAGAAGUGUAAAAAAAAAAAUUAAAAUUACUGUCCAGUUGGAGCGUUAAAGGAAUCUUUUUUUCUGAGUUUUGCACAGGAGCAGAAACUUAACAUUUAGUACUUUUUUAUGUCGUCUGCAAGUUCUGACUAAAGAAAAAUAUGGCCACGAUGAGAAAUCAAAACCAUGAGAGAUCAUCACAUGUCACACAAGGUCGUCAUGAGUUUAUCUCCGUUCUCUAAUACUGAAGACAGGAAGUUCUCUUCCUAACUAAAGUCAGACAGUAUAAGGUAAAAAAUAUUGCAUUCCUAUACAUAUUAAUGAAACAACAUUUGAAGUACAUUAAUAACCGCGACUGACAGUCGACUAGGUCCUGGUGAGGGGUGAUGACGGAGCUGCUGCGCCGCAGGGGGCCGUCAGGAAGUGCCACUUCUAAACAGCCAUAAACUGAGCAUUUUCAUGAGCUAACCUGCAGUCAGAGGCUCAGAUGAAGAACUCAUCCAGUGGCUCGUCGCUACUUGUACGCGAUGAAAGCGUCGUGGUACGACACUCUGCUGAAGUCCUCACGUUCCUCCCCUGAGUUCUGCAGUCGGCAGCCCUGCUCGGCCCUUGAGAGUUCACCAGUGCCUUUGGAAGACCUGCACCCAAAUCCUGGCCCGACACAUGAGCAUCUCUCAGAGACUUCUGCCUCUCUGAUGAGGAAGCACUGAGGAGGUCCACGGAUGAGGAGCGAGUCAUGGGGGGCACGGGGACCCCGGUGUCUACGUUUGUCUCCUCCUCAUCCUCUUCCAGAAGGAGGUGGGACAGAGAUCGGGUGAGAGAGGGGCGUUGGGGGGAGUCUGGGUAAGUGGAGGUGGAGGGUGGAGCUGGACUGCUGUGCUGGGAGGAAUAGCAGGAGCUGCUUGGGGGAGUGCUGCAGCGACUGCCGGAGCCCAGACUCUCCUUCCUGCCUCCCUGAAGCUUCUCCAGGACGGGCUCGGUCGGAGGUCGGUGACCUGGGCACAGCAGAGGACACAGGCUUUUAGGUUCGAAAUGGCAGACAGAGAGAGACGAUGACUGUCUUUCCAUGUAGCAAGUGUAUCCCUGUGGACUGCGUUCACUUGAAGACAAAACAAUUUAUCUUUAGCUUUGUUUUGAUGUGUAAUUUUUUCAGUUUCUCGCAGGAACGUUGUUGUUUUUGGAGAACCAACUGCUUGGCUGUUUUUAAAAAGUCGUUUUUUCACCACACAUUCACAGUUGGACUGUUGGACUAUUUCAAUAUCUCAGGAAGAUUAUUGGUCUGAAAAACAUGGUGAAAAAAGGAAAAAUAACAUAAAAUAAACGGCUGGGAAAACAGAAAUGAAGCCCAAAAACAAGUGACACCGAAAAGUUUUUUCCCCCUUCACGUGAAUGCAAUACCCUUCAGUACAAGAGCUCCCUCUACUGGUUAAAAAAAAUCCAUCCAGCUCGCUCGUUGUACUGUGAAGUUUGAAAAAGAAAUAAAUAAAAACUGGGCUGGAUGUUGUUUCCUACCCUGUUUGAGGGUUGGCCAGUUCAGAGGUGCUGCAACUUU